AUGCGAACUCGCUUCCUCAACAUCCACUACUUCAGCGCCGAGCCUCCUCCUCCGCCGCCGCCGCCGCCGCCACCUCCGUCGUCGUCUCCGGCCCAAACCCUAACCUUCCUGGACCUCCCGGUCCCUCGCCUCCCCCUCGGCUCUCCCUCUCGCCUCGGAGCAGGACCUCCUCUGCUCCGGCUCCUCUCCGCGAUCGGCGUCUCCCUCGAGCUCCACAGGCUGGAGAUCGAGCCCGCCCUCUCGAGGUUCCUGACCGACGUCGUUCCUCAGUUCAUUGACGACGCCGGAGGCGGAGAAGGUUGCGGACAUGGAAGCGUCGAGAAAGAAGGAGAGCUAAGCUCCGGAGCGAAGGAAAGGUUGGGCUGCUGUUCAACUAGUAAGCCUGCAGCUAGGGAAGCUAAACUUUCCAAAAUUAGCAGUGAAAACUUCGUCAAUGAAAAGGGCGCACAAGGCAUGGCAGCAUUCCAGCUUGAGACACCGGAGCUGGGUAGUUGCUUGGAGAAUUCUUACUUGCUUGAGGAAGAAGCAGUAGGCAUCUUCUCUGAAGUUCUUGAAAUUGAAAACAAUGAGGAUGCACCCAAGCUGAGCUUUUCAGUGAACUAUAUUUUGGAGGCUCAAGAAGUGGUCACUAAAUUUGGAGACACAAGUAUACAGUAUCUCAUAGAGCCGAAGGCUGUCUUUUGGGAAGAUGAUGCUUAUGCUGUGGGCCAGUCGGACUUCCCAUGUAUCCAAUUUCCUCUUUUAGAAGGGGAGGAGAUUAGUUUGGAAGUUAUGACCAGCACAUCUGUGCAAUAUGAGCUUGUAAAGCUUCUUGACAAAGUCAAACCAUUAUAUCUAAGUCAAAAUGAUGAUUCUCCAUUUGACACCAAAGAAAUUUUGAACUUGCUUGAGAAGGACCUUUAUGAAUUUCCUUCACACCAUUGUCUGUUUAAGGAUUACCUUGAAUCUGACUCUGUAAUAGGAACCACUUUUCUGGAAAUGGAUUUUGUGAGCAUUUUGGACAGACCUUGUCCACGAGGCAACUCACAUUGUAAGGGACCAUCAGACACAGAUUAUUUUUUGUCAAUUAGCCCAGUUGUCUUCGAGGACUUUCAGAUAGUUGACAUUGGGACAGCUCUAUUUAGUGAGGUCUUCAGCUUACAAGAAGUCCAUGAACCUGAGUUCUGCAAUGAAAUGCUGCAGAAAAAGGUGAAGUUCAAGAAUUAUGAGGAAUUGGUAAUCAGUCGGGAACUGGCUCUUGUAGAUGAGAUGUUCAAAUCACUGCCCAUGCCAGUUCUCCCUGACUCUGUACUAGGAACAUUGUCUGCAAUUGUUGCAGAAGCCCUGAUUGAUUUGAAGUCACAGCCUCCAUUGGCAUCCGAUGGGAUCUAUUUAAAUUGGCAUCUAUUGGAGGAAGACAACUGCAGCUCUGCGAUCAAUUCCUUUUAUCACAAUAUGGUAGGGGAGCUGAACAGGAGUUUUGACUUCGAAUUAAGUAUUGCCAAUUAUGGGAAAGUCAUUCUUGACUUCAUCCUUCUUGAUCACAAUCCUAGCAGGCCUAAAUUUGAAGAAGGAAGUGGGCCAUUGGACAUGCUUUCUGACAGGGUCUCUUUGCUGAGGGAGGAUGUGACUGAGGCUUCUUCCCGGACGUCUACUGAUACUGAAUACCAAAAGCCAGCAAGUCAAACACUGGUUUCUGAGUAUGAUUAUGAGAGGGCUUCGUCACUAUUUAAAUCCAUGUCACCAUUUCAUGACCUGGACUUCUUCUUGAAUCCUUCGAAAGAUAGAGCUGAAGAAAAUAGUGUACCUGCAGGCAAGAUUCCUGGUGAAAUGAACAAUAUCCAGGCGGUCAAGGUUCCUGGUGAUAUUACUUGCAAGGUUUCAAUUAGUAGCCCCGGGGCAGGAAAUCCAUCUUAUGAGCCACCUGUUGUAGGAUCGGGCCAUAUUGAGCUAGGGCUUGUUUCUUUUCCUGAUGCGGUCAUUAUUGUGAACACACAAAAUUCAAGUGAAGUAAUGUUGGUGUCCAGAAGAAGCACAUAUCAAAAGAUUCUGGCUAUGGAGAAAGAAGGAAUUCAAGUAAUUGAGCGUGAUACAACCCUCCCAGUUGAUAUUAUAAUCAGUGCUGCAGUUUGCCUGGUGUGGUAUACUCACAAGAACAUUGGCAGAAAAGCCUCUGGUUUCAGUGAAGGAUCUUCAGUGUUAGCUUGUCAUAUUGAGAAUAUAGCAGCAAAUAUUCUUACAAACUUAAGCUUCGCUUUUAGGGCAUGCAUUCUGGAAAAAGUCUAG